GGACAAACGCAGAGAAGCUCAGGCUAUUUAUUAAUGCAGAUUUUAACAUUCUCAAUGAACUACUUAGACUGUUAGACUUUCACCAAUUUCUUAUUUGACCAGCCAGAAGAUUAAGCAAUGCUUCAAGGUAUCUGGCCUUCUGAAGAAAUACUAGCUUAUUACUGCCUCAAGCACCAUGAAAUUUUCAGGGGCCUUGCUGUGUGUGAGCUGGGGGGUGGCAUGACAUGCUUGGCUGGGCUUAUGGUUGCUAUUUCUGCAGAUGUCAAAGAAGUUCUGUUAACUGAUGGAAAUGAAAAGGCUAUCAAAAACGUAUGUGAUAUCAUCAAAAGAAAUAAAAAAACUGGAGUGUUCAGAGCUAAAGCUAUCUCAAGCAGCAUUUUACGAUGGGAUAAUGAGACGGAUGUCUCUCAACUGGAAGGACAUUUUGACAUUGUUAUGUGUGCUGACUGCCUGUUUCUGGACCAGUACAGAGCUAGCCUAGUGGAUGCAAUAAAGAGAUUACUUCAUCACAGUGGGAAAGCUCUGAUAUUUGCUCCACUUAGAGGAGAUACUCUAAACCAGUUCUGCAGUCUAGCUGAAAAGGCUGGUUUUUCUAUCCAAAGACAUGAAAAUUAUGAUGAACACAUCUCAAACUUCCACUCCAAGCUGAAAAAAGAAGAAAACAAUAUUUAUGACCCAAAUCUUCACUAUCCAUUUUUUCUUGUUUUAACCAAAGAAGGAUAAAAUAUGGGAAGACAAUAUUUUAUUACAAAACAGAAUGUAUUUAUGUAAUAAUUUCAUGGGAAAGGUAAACUCUGAACAAUGCAGAGUAGAUCACUCUAGAACUAUGGGUCCAUUGCAUUAAAAAGAGAGCUGAAAGUUUCAAGAGCUCUAUUUUCCUUCCUUUGUGGCUGUCAUUUUGCACAUGAUUUCUUCAUUGUGACAAAAAUGGUUUUUUUUCCUGUUGUAUCUGGAAAAAUGUGUUUGACCAACUGCAAAAUGCUAAAAGAUUUAUUGUUCAAGUAAGUGAAAAAAACAGAUACUGGUAUGUAUCCAACAUUUGAGACCAUAUCAUACGGUAUUCUAGGAAGAUUUUCAUCUUAUUUUACCAUUAUCCCUUAGGCUAUUUUUAAAAAUUACUUUUUGGGUUUUCUUUUCAGAGUGAAAUUUUUCAAACUCAGUUUAUCUGAUUUUUUUAACAACAGGAUUUGGGAUUUUGGAGUUUUAUUGUUGAGUUUUUAUUUGGGGAGGUUGUCCUCUCAGUAGAUGUAUUAGAAAUUAUUGCUUCAAACUAAAGCUUCAUAAACUGACCAUUUGUCCUCUGGACACAAUGCAUUGGCCAGCCCUCUGCUCCUCCUCUCCAAUUAUGUGUGAUUAGUCUCAGUGUGUUGUGUCAAGAAGGGGGAGUGUGCUGAGUACUUAUUAUCUGUUUAGGUACAAGAAGAGUGCUCUGACUAUGAAUGAAAAGUGAGUCUUUAUCAGUUCUGAAAUCUAACUGCAACUGUUUCCUAUACUUGCUAUUAAAAAAUAGGUCCUUGUUGGAGAAAUGUUGGGUGCUGUAGCAAUUGUGGCCUUUCCUUUACUCCCUCACUCCUCCAAAAUAUCACCUAACAUUGGCCAUAGCCCAUAUCAUUUCAUUAACAUUUUUGUCCCAGAAGCAAUACAUACCUUUCAAAGCCUAAGACAAAACUAUUUGGAUUUGUUUUCUUGCUGGUUUAAAAAACACUUUUUGGCAUUCUAAGAAGUUUAUCAUCUCAUUUUUUUUAAAAAAAACUGUUUUUAGAAGUAUCUGGAAAAAAAAUCAAAUGGUAUUAUACUUCAUUCUGUGCUUGAUUGCAAGGUAUAGGAAAAUAAAAUAAUUACCCCUGAA